AAGAAGAAGAAGAAGAACUGGAGGCGGAACUACACGGAGGAGACCGACAGUUCCUGUCGGACAGAGAUUCGGUGAAGCCACAGCCAAACAAACCGCGCGGAGGCUAACAACUAGCAGUGCCAAACCCGCAGUCCCGGUCCGACCCCAGCAGCAUGUACGCGGACUUCCGAGCUCCCCGGCGCCGCCUCCGGGUCACCGAGGAGCUCGAGGCUCCGCUGCCGCUCAGCCCGCGCGAGAGGAGCCACUUCCAGGCAGAGCUCCUCAAUCAGCACGUGCUGGUCUGUGAUCCGGAACACAGCCAGAAGAUCCACGACCAGGGUUACUUUGGUAAAGGGGUUCUGUCCAGAUCCAGACCGGAGCACAGCAUCUCCAACCAAUGGGAGCAACACGAAGGCGUGUUUCUACCUGUGGUCUCACAGGCCAGGUAUGAGGAGCUGCUCAAGUGGGUGGGGUCAGCUCUGUCUGCUCAGGGAUGGGAUGAAGAGGCUGUUCAUCAAACCCUGCUCAGGCUUUCUCAGCCAAUACAAAUGGAGGAUGUGAGGAACCAGAUGGGAGGGGAGGGGGAGGCAGAGGAGAACGGUGAGAGGGGGAAGGAGGAGCCGGAGCAAGGAGGAGGAGUCAGCCCCCAGAUGAAGAGGUCAAGACGGGGGUCAGAGGUCGAGCCGGAGGCCAAGAGAAGCUGCAGCUCCAGCUCAGAACAGGACUCCGACUCCACCUUGGACUGUGAUCCUGACUCGGAUCCUGAGCCGGCUCCUCUGGUUCCUGGUCCUGGUUUCCUCCUGGUGGUCUCUGACGGUGAGACUGGAGGCGGGGUCAGGGAGGUGAGGCGGACACCGUUCUUUCUCUCCGAGUACCUGCAGCUCAGUCUGGAGGAGGCCUUCUUCCUGGUCUACAGUCUGGGCUGCCUGUCCGUCUACCUGCAGCAGGAACCCCUGUCCAUCGUGCAGCUGUGGAGGACGUUUCGGUCCCUGCGUCCUGAUUUCGUCAGCUCCUAUGCAGUCUAUCAUCACUUCCGCAGCAAGGGGUGGGUCCCUAAAGGAGGGGGCGGAGCCAAGUAUGGCGUAGACCUCAUGUUGUACAGGAAAGGACCACCUUUCUACCACGCCAGCUACUCUGUGGUAAUUGAACGGGCUGACGAUGCAUUCAGGGCCUCACCGUUGCGCCCGUUUUCGUGGCGUUCUCUGGCAGCUCUCAGCAGGAUUACCGCCAACGUGUCGAAGGAGCUGAUGCUGUGCUACAUCAUCUAUCCAGCCGACCUAUCAGAGGCUGAGCUGGACUCACCUGUGUGUCUGAGAAGGCUGAAGGUCCAGGCCUGUGAAGAUUCAAGAUGUGCACCAUUCAGACGCUGAUGUCAGAUCCUAGCAGCGGCGUCGUUCUCCCUGUUGUUCUGACCGUGUCCCACCAGGACGAGACCCUGAAUCACACCCCGAGACAGUCCUGCAGCCAGUGUGGAACGUGACCUUUGAGACGCUGCCUCUGAACCUGAGAGCCCGAUGAGCCGUAGAACAUGGAUGUGGAAGCAGUGGUUGCCAUGGAGAUGAAACCCAGGGUUAGGAGCUGCUUCCAUCCCAACAUUUCGGUUUUUAGGUCAACUUCAUGCAGCUCCACCCGCCAGUAACAGCUGAUUAGCGUCCAUCACACUGAUCAACGCUGAGGAGUGUCAGGGGUCAGUGAAGCUGUUUCAGCAACACUGACGUAUCGACCUGCUAUCAUGUUAGCAUGUUAGCAUGAGCUACUUAACUAAGAGCAAUUACCCGUUAGCCACGUUAGCCAUCUGCAAAUAAAGAGUGAGACCGGAGCAGAGCAGCCAAUCAGCCGAGCUGAUGAAUAGAAGCUCCGCCUCAAUGACCAAGUUGCUAGUAAUGGGGGCGGGGUUUAGGGUUGCCUGCUGAUGAAACACUUUGGUGAUGUAGUUUUCUCU